AAUCAGUGGGAAAUUGAGCUGUAGAAGAAUUCUUUACGUCAUCGCCUACUUCUUCUAGUUCCAAAAUGGCGCUAUGUUUACGUCUCCUCGUAAUCGUUUUUUCCCGUAUCAAAUCUCAUGGAGACAUUUAGUUACUUAGUACACGGGAAAGGAUCAUUUGAGCCAUUAUUUAACGACGCCGGCGCUGUUGCAGGACCGACUGGACAUUAGCUAAGGAAAAAUCAGCCAAGCCUCUUGAUCUCUGGCCAGAGGUUCGGCUGCAGCGGUGGGAAGGAUGCAAGCUGAAGCCGCAGACCCCUCACUGACAGAGGGCAUCGAGGCUCUGGGUGUGAAGGACGCAGAAAAACCUGCAGCGGGCAAAGAGGACGAGGACGACGCGGAGCAACGGGACACGGAGAUGACAUCGGCUACAGAGGAGGAGGACACCGCAACCCAGGAUGACAAAGAUGAAGAUGCUGAUGAUGCAGAAGAAGCAACAAAGUGUAGUGAGGAACCACAGACAGAGACAGAGGUGGAUGUGGAGGAGGGAAAGCCUGCUGCAGAAGUGAGCAGUGAAUGGGAGAUUCCGUACAGCGAUGAAGAGUUCGAAGACUCCAAAAACUGGAUGCCCCCUCCAGCCGAGAUCAAAAGACUCUAUGACCUCCUCGCUAAAGGGGAGAUGCUGGAAUUGAACUUUGUACCUCUUCCGAGGAGACCUCCUACACCUGAACGCACACCCUCACCUGAACAAGACGACGAGGAAGAGGCGGCAAAGGAACGGGAGAGGGAGCAGAGAGAACGCAAGCCCCCUACACCGACCGAGUUUGACUUUGAUGAGGAGCAAAUGCAGACACCCAAAAAUGCUUUCAUCAACAGACGCAGAACACCAGGAUCUUCAGCUCGCUCAUCUGUGAAACGAGAAGCACGACUGGACAAAGUACUGUCAGACAUGAAGCGACAUCGCAAAAUUGAGGAGCACAUCAUGCGUACAGGGCGAGAUCUCUUUAAAAACGAGAAGAAGCUGGAGGAGGCUCUAUCGCCGAACAGUCAGAAGGAGCGCGAGAAAGAGAGGGAACGCGACAGUAACCCCAACACCAUCUUCUCUCCAAGACAAAGAAGAUACUGAAGCAGCGACAAUGACUGCAGCAACACUGAAAACUUGAAAUUUUUUAUGUAACAAGUUUGUAUGUUUUUUAUGUGUUUUGUAUCAUAGCAAUAAACAUUUUAACCCUAAAAUGUUAAGUUA